AUGCAUACUCAUAAUAAAGUUACGAUGUUCAGAAUCAAAUCCCAACCGUCCAUCCUCACUUUCCCUUCAUUCUCACUAGUCCCCAGCUAGCUUCCCUCUCCUCAACGAACUAAUAAAUGAAAUUUACACUUGGCCAUUUAUUGCUUUUCUAUUUCUAUGUCCCCUUCUUCCGGAUUCAAUUUCGACCCGAUUCUUUCCUCGAUUUGGAAGCUUGAAACGCGGAGAUUCUGUAUAACCACUUGUGAUUGGGUUUCCUUUUGAUCCUUGAAUGGGAUCGAAGCAAGAGGCCGAAGAAGCAAUGAAUACGGAAGCCGGUUCCGCCGCCCCCUUCCGCCGUAAACCCGCCGAUGCACGGAAGAGGAGGACGGUGUGUUUGGUUGUUGGAGCUUUGAUUCUCUUACUGGUCAUAAUCAUCAUUAUACUGGCUUUCACUGUUUUCAAAGCCAAAAAGCCUGUAACCACCGUCGAUUCCGUUUCUCUCGCCGAUUUAGAUCUCACCUUCGACAUACUCCGACUCGCCGUUCGCCUCAAUCUCACCCUCGACGCCGACGUCUCCGUCAAGAACCCUAACCACGUCGGCUUCAAAUACGAAAACAGCUCCGUCCUGCUCAAGUACAGGGGAGAAGACGUCGGGGACGCGCCCAUCCCCGCCGGUAAGAUUGGGGCCGGCCAGACCGUCCCCAUGAACAUCUCCCUAACUAUCAUGGCAGAUCGCCUUCUUACCAAUAAUCAGCUCUUCACCGACGUCCGCGCCGGCACGAUUCCGCUGUCCACCUUCACCAGAAUCUCCGGUACAGUUCGAAUCUUGUUUAAUAUUCACGUGAAAUCCGAAACCAGUUGCGAUUUAUUGAUUAAUGUCGCCAGUAGGAGUGUUGCUAAUCAAACCUGCCACUACAAGACUAAAUUAUAGGUACUGCUACUUUGAUUUGUUUUGUUACCUUCGUCGUCGUCGAUUACAGAGUAGUAGACUGGUAGUGAUUUAUAGUAUCUUGUCAUUUUCAUCGAUUAGAGAUGCACUAUGUAGAUUAUAAGUAGUACACAGAACCAGUAUUUUCAUUGAUUGUUGAUAGUAUAAAGUCUCCAAUUAAAAUAUAUUCGAAAUCUGCCUCUUUCAUCUUCUA